CAACACAGGUGACUGACUACGGCGAAAGGGCAAAUCUGAAAAGCAAAAGAGAAUCAAUUUCUUGCUCUAUAUAAAUAAAAAUCAACGUAGCAGCGUCUCUCUCUCUCUUUGUCCCACCAUUUUCACCGCUUCUCCUCCAAUCACUCUCAGAUCUACAGAUUCUUCAGAUUCCUCCCUCCUCUUCUCUCUUCUCUUUUAUUUAACCAUGGUUGGAGCUUUCGAAUCUGAUCAUUUCCUUGGAAUGACGAACCUCAACGACAUCUUAACCGACGAUUUCGAUCCAACCGCCGUUGUCACCGAACCAUUACCUUCUCCGGUGACGACAAAUGGAACCGAAGGUGAAGAGAAUCUGAAGAAAACGAACGGAGUAGGUGGAGAUAGAGAAAUGGUUCUCGGUAGGAAUAUACACACGACGUCACUCGCUGUUACAGAACCGGAGGUGAACGAUGAUUUCACCGGUGAUAAAGAAGCUUAUAUGGCUAGUGUUCUCGCUCGUUAUCGCAAAACUUUGGUUGAACGAACCAAAUACCAUUUAGGUUAUCCUUAUAAUUUGGAUUUCGACUAUGGUGCGCUUGGUCAGUUACAGCAUUUCUCGAUUAACAACCUUGGAGAUCCGUUUAUUGAAAGCAACUAUGGUGUGCACUCAAGGCCUUUUGAAGUUGGUGUGUUGGAUUGGUUUGCUCGUCUUUGGGAGAUUGAGAGAGAUGAUUACUGGGGUUACAUUACUAAUUGUGGUACUGAAGGCAACCUUCAUGGCAUCUUAGUUGGGAGGGAGAUGUUUCCUGAUGGGAUCUUGUAUGCCUCGCGUGAAUCGCAUUACUCUGUGUUUAAAGCAGCUCGUAUGUAUCGUAUGGAGUGCGAGAAGGUUGAUACGCUUAUCUCUGGGGAGAUUGAUUGCGAUGAUUUUAGGAAAAAGCUGUUGGCAAAUAAGGAUAAACCUGCUAUUCUUAAUGUUAACAUAGGAACUACGGUUAAAGGAGCUGUUGAUGAUCUUGACCUUGUAAUCAAAACUCUUGAAGAGUGUGGCUUCUCUCAUGACAGGUUCUAUAUUCACUGUGAUGGAGCUCUGUUUGGACUUAUGAUGCCUUUUGUCAAACGUGCACCAAAAGUCACGUUCAAUAAACCGAUUGGAAGUGUGAGUGUCUCAGGCCACAAAUUUGUUGGCUGUCCAAUGCCUUGUGGUGUUCAGAUAACAAGAAUGGAACACAUCAAAGUCCUCUCUAGUAAUGUUGAGUACCUUGCCUCAAGGGAUGCAACAAUCAUGGGAAGCAGGAACGGGCAUGCCCCUUUGUUCCUCUGGUACACCUUAAACAGAAAAGGGUACAAAGGAUUCCAGAAAGAAGUUCAGAAAUGCCUGAGAAACGCGCAUUACCUCAAAGACCGACUCCGUGAAGCUGGGAUCAGCGCCAUGCUCAAUGAGCUUAGCAGCACUGUUGUCUUUGAAAGGCCCAAAGAUGAAGAAUUUGUUAGAAGGUGGCAGCUCGCUUGCCAAGGCGAUAUAGCUCAUGUGGUGGUUAUGCCAAGUGUUACAAUCGAGAAGCUCGAUAAUUUCGUGAAAGACCUUGUCAAACACAGGUCAGUCUGGUAUGAGGACGGAACUCAGCCUCCAUGCCUUGUAUCGGAAGUAGGAACCAACAACUGCAUCUGUCCAGCGCACAAGUGAUGGCAUGAUUUCUUAUAUGUUGGCAUUGCUGUGUUGUCGUAAGCUACUUAAUAGUUUAAAUCCCUAUCCACUGUAAUCCUGAAUUCGGUUUCGAUCAGCGUAAAAUUUUGUCAGUUUCUCUCAUUUACAAGUUAUGGUUUCAAACAAUGUUCACGUAAGCAUCAGGUGCUGCUAGUCGAAGGUUGUAAUCCGUAAUUUAUUUCUCAGGUUAAUAAAAAUGUUUGUGAUA